AUGACUGAACCAGAAGUGAACCCCAAAGCCUACCCAUUGGCCGAUGCUCAGCUUACAAAGACUCUUCUAGAUCUGGUACAGCAGGGUUCCAAUUACAAGCAGCUUCGUAAAGGGGCCAAUGAAACCACAAAAACACUAAACAGAGGGAUUGCAGAGUCCAUUGUAAUGGCAGCUGAUGCAGAACCACUUGAGAUCAUUCUUCACCUUCCUCUUCUCUAUGAGGAUAUGAAUGUCCCCUAUGUCUUUGUGCGUUCUAAGCAAGCUUUGGGAAGAGCCUGUGGUGUCUCAAGACCAGUUGUUGCAUUUGCAGUUACUAUUAAAGAAGGUUCCCAGUUAUAG